CACGCCAGAGAGCCGCUUACACUGUCAUCGUAUCCGUGAUCAUGGCCAAGAUCCUCGACAAGGACCCCGUCACCUACGAGAGGGAGAGGGAAAACUUCAUGAAGGACCUCCGGCAUUUCCACGAAACCAGAGGAACGCCAUUUCGGAAGUCACCGAAAAUCAGUGGGAAGGAGAUAGAUCUGUAUUUGUUAUACGUCGUCGUUACCGCCCGUGGUGGAUGGAUAAAGGUGAAUACCAGAAAUGAAUGGGCCUCGCUAUGCGAACAAUUUCAUCUGCCAAACGGCUGUGUCAACAGUGGAAUCGGUCUUAAACAAAUAUACCUUCGAUAUCUAGACAGGUACGAAAAGGUUCAUUUCUUAGGAGAAGAUGGACAGCAAGCCGAUGAUGAAGACGAAGAUUCCAGACACCGGAAGUGGUCUGCCAGGGCAUUACAUUCAGUUCCUCUUACGUAUAAUCAUCAUCAACAUAAUGUUGCAGAAUCUCUUCGCGAUUACAAUGGUCUUUCAUCCGAUCUUUACAAACCAUCCAACUACGACAAAUUGGCAUUAUCGCUUCUUUCGCCUCUUCCAAACGAACAAGACUUCGCAAUCAAUGUUUGCACACUUUUGUCGAACGAAGGAAAACAUACGUUACGUCUCGAUAAGUAUCCACGUUUGGUGAAUAUCCUGCUCGCGCAUGCUGGCGUUUUCGACUCGCCUGGUACGCGACAACUUUUCAUUGAGGUUUAUUCUCGUGUGAGGAACUAUUCUAUCAAUUCGUUUUGGUCGGAUGUACUCGAUUCGCAAGACGUGAUAGACCUUACGAACGAGAAAACCUUUAUGAAGAAGCCAUCAACGAGCUUACACACGUUCUCUAGGCGGAAAACAUUAGAGAAAGAGAAGCAAAAUAAAGUAACAGUAACGGUCCAAGACAACGAGGAGACGGUCACGUCGAUGGAUGUGGAUGGGGUGCUUCCAGACUGUUCACGUCUAGAUCCUAUUGGUUCUCAUCAAGAUGAGAAUUUUAAAGAUCAGAAUCAAAAUUCGAUAAAAUUCGAAGAAGAGGAUAAAGACUUGUUUUGCGUCGGUAGAACGUUAGGCACGCAGGAUCCGUACGGUCAACGCGUGUUACAGAUAGCGUCUAUCUUACGAAAUCUCAGUUUCACUCCGGAGAAUGCCGCGGUGCUAAGCAGGAAUCGAUGUUUUUUGAGAUUCGUUUUAUUAUGUAUAAGAGCAAGGUGGAGUAAUUUGCAUCAACUUGGUUUCGAUAUACUAGGGAAUAUAGCAAACGAAAUCGUUUUAAAAGAAGCUGGCGAAAGGAUAACAGAUGUUGUCCUGUCUUGUGUGGCAAAAGGUAUCGAGUCGCAAGAUAGAUUUAUCGUUAUAUCCUGUUUGGAGGUGCUUAAUAAGAUCAGUCAACAGGAUAGUAACGAAGAAAUCGUUACGUUUGGAUUGGAAGAUAGCGUCUAUGAACUUAUUUGCAGGUUUUUAGCUCUAAGUGAUAUAGCUCUUUUAGUUUAUACUUUGGAGUGUUUAUACGCUUUAACUUCGUUGGGCGAAAGACCGUGUACUAGUGUCGCGCGGGUACGUGGAGCUAUCGAUACAUUGGUCGCGCUUGUCACCGUCGAAGCACAGAGUUAUGGCCCAAAAGCUUGCAUUUUGAUGAGAGUGGUAGAAACUGUAUCUACUAUACCCACACCUUCGAAUACGUCUCAGAAUACUCCUGUUGCUGCUGCUGCCACUACUCCGGUUGCGUCAGUAACAUCAUCACCCGUGCCAGCUACUCCAGCUACGAUUACCGCAACGUCGGCUCCAGUUAGCCCAGCACCUUCUAGACCUAAUACACCUGCAACUACAACCAAGUCCACAACGCACAAAACAGUAGAGACGGCUAAUGCGCUUCAACAACAACACGCGCAUCAACAAAUCAUUCAGGAAAACGAGCAAUUCGCUUUAGGAUGGUUAAGAGCUACCUUUGAGCUUGCACCAGGUAUACGCAUAGAACAAGAGGAACUCUACAAAAAAUAUCUCGGGUGUUGUACGAAGAUUGGCAGGAGAGGAGUAAUUGCGCCACUUCAUUUUCCCAGAUGUGUUAGGUCAGUGUUUGGGGGAACUAUUGGUCCAAAUCCACUCAAAGGAGAAUCAACUGGUACUCAGUAUUACGAAGGCAUCCGUGUACGGGCUACACCAGGCCAAGUAACUUAUCCGAGCCAAACUGUAAUUGCGACUAAUACAGCUCCGAUAUCAGCGGUCAACACAACUCCAGUAAAGGUGCUUCCCGUACAACAGCGUACAAUCAAGAAUAUAAGUCCUGCUCCCGAUAGCACGGCCCUAGACAAUCCUGCAUCUGGAGUUCACAGAACUCCAGCCCCUGCAUCUCCCAUUCUAAAAGCCCAGUUGUCUGCCCCUCCAAAACCACCUUCCAUUACGUCAAAUCAAUCCCAAAAUCCAGUCACCAAGGUUGAUUCUAAAAGUCAGGUAUCAGUAUCUCACCCCCACCUGAGUCAAGCAUUGCUGGCCAGUGGAUCCCAAAAUCAGCAGCAGCAGCAGCAGCACUCCCAAUCUGUCCAAGUAGUAACAAAAGAAGAUAACCGAAGUAGUACUACAUCCAGUUCUAUAAUAAAAAGCCUUUUGGCUACCAAGGUAACAGCCAGCAGUGACUGCAUGUCCAGUGCUGCUGCAACUUGUGUGUCUACCCUUACUGCCUGUGUAACAAACACUACUACUAGCAUCGCAUCCAGCAUCAGUGCCAACCAGCUAAUAACAAGCAACCAGGUUGCACAACGUCAACAACAGCAAAGGUUACUGCAACAGCAAUUAACAGGUGUGGUACAACCUGCAGCUCCUGCAGCUACACCAGCAACAAUACUCCCUAAAGUUUCUGUGAACUCUAAACAAAAACCAGUAAUUGCAGCUAUUCCUGCCAAAAAAAUACAGAGACUUAAUGGAGCUAAAUUUGUUUUGACCAACAAUUGUGAGAAGACUGAAGUAAAUGAUGUAAAUGAAAGUGUCAACCAAAUCGUAACCUCAACUACAGUAAUUUUGAAUUCAACUGAGAAUCACAUAUCCUCGAUCGUAAAAGUUUGUCAACCACCGACCUCUACUACAAUUUGUACAAACAAGUCCAAUCAACGAAGUACGUGUACUUCGAUUGCUGAAGAUUCUGAUUCAACGAACAAUUCUUUGGCUUCUAGUAGUGGUAUAGGUGGUAGUAGAGAUUUUUCCGGUGCUGGUGCUGAAGAAGAUAAUUCUUUAACGAGUUUUGAAGGAAUACUUUUAAAUGGUGCACCAACUAACAUAGAUAUUAAUGCACAAGAUGAUGGAUCAUCCAAAGAUUCAUCUAGCAUAAGUUCAAAGGAGAAACCAUUGCAGAGUAUGAUGUUGGCCGAUUUAUUAGAAAGAAAGGUAGAUAAAGAGCCUAUUUUAAAUGGAGUUCUUGGAAAGAAUUCAAUAAACGAAAAAGGAAUAGAUUUGGUUGAAAAUCAUAUUAAAAAGGUAUUAAAAGAAUCUCCGACUGAUAUUAAAAUAAAAAAUGAUAUAACAGAAAGUAAUACCAUGCAGACCGAAGUAUCUGAAGAUACAUUAAUUGAAGCUCCUAGAGGAAUAAAAAGAGCAGCUAGUGAAUCUGAUGAGAUAGAUGCAAAGAAACCAAAAUAUUCUAAUGGCACUACAUCGCCUGAUCCUGCUGUUGAUUCAACAACUGCUGAAUCUACUAUAUCCAGUAUAAAAUCGGAAGAACAAGAAGAUGACAAAGACAGUGAGAAAGCAACAGUUUCAUCUACUGCUGCAAAUCUUUAUGCAGCUCUUGCUGCUGAUUGCAUAGAAGAUGAAACUGAUCUUGAUGAACAAGUGAACAUUAAUAAGGAAGAACCUUCUCCAGUCGUGAAAGAAGAACCUCACAUAUUUAUUAAUCAAAUUACUCAACAACAACAGCAACAGCAUCAAUCACAGCAACAGCAGCAGCAACAACCACAGCAACAACAACAGCAGCAUCAACAACAUCUGCAGCAACAUCACCAACAUCCACAGCAGCAGCAACAUCAUCAUCAUCAUCAGCAUCAGCAGCCGCAGCAACAUCAUCAGCAACACCAGCAGCAUCAACAACAGUUAAUAGUAGCGACUCCUCGACAAAUAGUUGUUCAACAAACAAUUCAGUCAAACAAUCAAGUUAUAAUUCCUGCUGCGUCCGUCAAAGGAAGACAAGCACAAGCACAGCCACAAGUUCUGUUACAACAAAGUGCGGGAGGGCAACUGCAAUAUGUCGUAUCUGGUGGUGUUCCUGGACAAAACUAUGUGUUGGCUCAACCACAAACAGCUUUAGUACAAGGGCAAGCACAGACGGUUCUUGUUGCUCAGACAACUCAACAACAAGGCACUGGCACGAAAACUAUUAUCAUUUUACAGCCACAAGCUGCUCCUCAACCAACACCACAAAAAAUGGUAGCUGUUACACCUCAAGGACAACAAGUUGUUGUAACUCAAGUUCCACGUCCUAUUUUACAAAGUCCAGCUCUUGGAAAUAUUCCUCCUCCGUUGGUACCUACGUCAGCCACAAUUCCACAGACUUCCAUAAUAGUUAAUAGUUCUGUAGCACAAACUAAUCCAAAUACUGUAACCGUUACGAUACCUGCGAUGGCUCAACAGAAUCCAGUGUCUGCUAGUGUACCAUCGAGGGUCGUAACACCGACUCCUGCUUCGACUCCACCACCUACAAGACCAACUACUCCUCACCAAGCAGCAGCGACACAUGGACAUUUAGUUAAACCACCAGUAAAGGCCAUAAAAACUGUAAGUUCUUCGACUUCAACAGAACCAGAAUCGAAACCUUCUACCAGUCAACUUCCACCUGAGAAUAAAACUAUUACUAUUAAAAUCGAUCCUAACGCAUAUCUAUGUGAAUGGCGAGGUUGUUUAAGGCAAUUUAAAACUCCCCAUGAAGUUUUUCUUCAUGUGUGUGAAAUUCAUUGUCCAACUGGCGGAGAAGAAAUAUUGUGCUUAUGGGGCAGUUGCGAUGCUUUAAAGAGACGUCGAUUCUCUUUAAUGACGCACUUAUUCGAUAGGCACUGUAAUUCUGAUGCAAUGAUCCUUAGAAGAAAACAAUUAACCGUGACUGGAAAAACUGAAGUAUCUACGUCCACUCCUCCAACGCCUCAUCACCCUGGAUAUGCACCGAAUGCAGCAUUCCAUGCUAUUAAAAGACAUGCUUUGGAAUUCGUGAAUCCUAAGGAAUUGAUGGCAAAGCAGCAGAGGCCAACCAAGCCCGCUGCAGCCACUUCAAGCUCUUCUUCUCCCAGACCUGGGCAAAACCCUCCACCAGAACAGGAUGACAACGAAGGUCCAGUGACUAAAAGUAUUCGCCUGACGGCAGCUCUUAUUCUCAGAAACCUAGUCAUAUACUCAACACAUGGUAGAAGGCAUCUUAGAGCAUAUGAACCUCAUUUGGCAGGUGUGGCAUUAAGUAAUGUUGAAUCAUCAAGGACGAUCGCACAAGUUUUAUAUGAUAUGAAUGAUCAGAGCAGUAGUAAUCAUAGGUGACCUCUUGAUGCAGGCCUCUAAGCUCUUAAACUUUCUGAGCAGCGAUUGACUUGGUUAUUUCAAAUUAAGCUGGUAAAGAAAAACAGUGGAGUUAUAAGGUAGUAUGGAUUUUGGAGAGAUUUCAAAUUGUGUCUUUGUGCAUAAAAUCUGAAAAGAAACUGAAAGCGAUGUUCCAUAUAUAAAGAGGCCUAUAAACUUACUAGGCAAGCCAGUUUGCCAAUUUAGACCAUAAUACGAACUGUAACUAGUGACAUGAAACCAAGACAGUAGUUGAAGUGAUGCAGAACAGUGAUAAUGAACGAAAUAAUAUUUCAGAUUUAAUAUUAAUAUUUAUUUUCUCAACAAGAAGCGAUGAAUGUUUUUAGUAAACGUGUACAAAAACGGCGAAGAAAAUACUUUAUGGACGUUAUAGUUAAUUGUAAUCAAUAUUAUACUAUUAUUAAUUAAUAUUAUUGUAUGUUUUUUCAUAAGCCACCAAGAACCUAGAACGUAAAAAAUCUUUUUAUCAAAUAUGUUUCUCUUAGAAAUCUAUUAUUUGCUUAUAAUUGCACACAUCUUGCAGUUAAAUGGCUACAUUGUUGUCUCUCCUUGUUUUAUUUUUGAGUAAUCUUAUAGUCAAGAGUUAGUAAGGAAUCACAGCAUACGUACACGCAUAUUAGUGAAUUUGUUACAAUAGAAUAUAUCAUAUCAUUGCAGAAUUUGAAUGUCUAGUUUAGAUCAACUUUAUCUUCGGGAUUCUGCAUGUUCAGAUCUUCUGAUACAUCUGACAUUUUUUUAGAUAUUUAUUUUACAGAUCGUAACAAACUCCAGAAAUUCAAGACUUUUUUUUGCAACUUUGUCAUUAGCAAAUUUUUGUAACGAUGUAAUUCUUCAUUAAAUUAUUUAUACAAAUUGUGCAACAAUAUGAUUAAUCGAUUAAGUUUUCUAUGUAGAUUUAUAGAAGAAUCGUAUACUUUAUAUAUACAACAUAGGGCCUAAAAAUAUUGUGCUACUCAUUAUAAUCUUGUCAGUUCCUUUUUUUUUAGCACAAUACGAUUGUAUUUUUAUUUUUUAAUCUGACAGCUUUAGCAGAAUAAUUAUAAGAUAUUAAAGUUCCAUGCACAAUGUAUAUAAAUGUCUAUCAUAUCUUUGAUUCGUUUUGACUAGAAUAUACAAAAUUUAUUAAACUUUAAUGGGUGUAAUAGUUGUUUAUUUAAUUGAAACGCAUAAUGACAAAGUUUUUUUUAGAGAAUUUUACAUAAUUGAUUUUCACAUAAAAUAUUGUAUUUCUAAAAAUUUUAUAUUAUAUAGAAUGUAAAAAUAAUGCCAUAAAAGAUAACUUCCAUUGGUCUCACAAAUUGAAUGAUGGUAAAAAAUUUAUUCUAACUUGGUUCUUUGGUGCAUUAAAUAUAAUUUAUGUAAAAGGUGUCGUUUUCAAAUAUUUUAAAAGUUUUAUAUUAUUGAACAUCUUACAACUUCACAUAGAUUGCAUUUACAUAUUGUUUCUCUAGUAUCCUGAGACACCAGUAACAUUGCAUAUAAAUUAAGCUAAUCAUAUUCAACUAUACAUAUAUAAUAUACAUACCUGUACAUAAUACUUGUAUUUCAUUCAUGAUGUUACAGCGUCUGUGUAAAUUUCUUAAAGUUGUAAGGUUAAGCGUUUAAAAGAGCGAAGUAAAAAUAUUGUAUUAUAAUAGAUUAUGACAAAACGUAGAAGUUGCAAAAGAUGGAUUUUUGUAAUUACUCAUCAGGUUCAGCAAUAGUUACAAAUGCUGGAUCGGUAUUAUAAAACAGCUGAUUAAGAAUGAUUAAAAAUAUAAACUAUGAUAAUGGACCCUAUGUGAGCCUCUAUUAUGUAUUUUAUACAUAAAUAUAUAUAUAAAAAAACAAGUUUAAUAGCUGACCGUUUAGGAGGAUGAAAAUCUUAAUGAGAGGCUUUUUAUUUUUAUUAUUUGUAAUUAUCUAGUUUACACAUUCAUCAUUUGGUACGAUCAUUGAAGAUCAUAAAUAAACAACUGUGUAAAAGAACGAAAAGUUCAUGUAAUAAAUAAGUACGAUGAAAAAAUAUAAAGGAAAAUGAAUGAAUGUCUUUGAUAUUCAUUCUGCCAUUAUAUUGUGCGGAUGUGUUAAUAGCGUAUUAGUACUACCGAGCGAAAGAUAUUGAUAGUCGAGUGAUAAUUAAUAUCCUGAUGAUCAUAUUGCCACAUUGCCAGUUAGGCAAUAUAUACUAUUAAAAAAAAUUUAAAUACAAUAAUUAUAUCGUA